CAGUGUUUUCUUUUCCGACGUCCAAUAUUUAUUUGUGAGUACAAUUUUAAAUAAAGGAAAAUACUAAAUUAAAAAAAUGUACAAUUUUAUUUGAAGUGUUUUGAAGGUGCAAAUUUACCAUUAUUUGUGGUAUAUUUAUAUAUGUAGAACGACUAUGGAAGAUGCAGAGUUUCAACAUAAUGAAAAUGAUCAUGUACUAGAGACAAAUAUAUCACAAACGGAAAAAUCAACUCUAUAUAAUACCAUUCAUUGUCAAUCUACACCUAGUAGAUCGCCCUCAAUUAGAUCAAAACUUAAUAGGUCACCUUCUUAUAGAUCCAUUUCCAACAAAUCAACAACACCUGAACCUCCACCCGUCCCUCCUGCUACCUAUCACUGGGAAGAACUCCGAAGACAACGAACUACAGGAGGCUACCCUUGGACACAUCUAAACAAACCCCCGUAUGAUGAAAACAAUUGGAAAAAUUAUAGAGACCAUGUAUACGAACCGGUUACGCCUACGGCCAGUACGGACAAAAUAUCAAUAUCAACCAUUGUUAAAGAAGAGAAUAAGCAUUUUCUACGCAUACCUUUGGCUGAAGAGAUAGUAAUGGCCGACCAGACAGAAUCAGACGAUGAAGAUGAAGAAAACAGCAACCAACGAUCGGAAGAAGAUGAAUAUGAAGAUGAGUUUGGAGAAGAUGAAGAUGAAAAAAAGAUGACUACUGACGAAUCGAUUUAUGAAGGUGAAAAUGAUAAUUCAUCAGUUGGCGGUAGUCGUGAUAGUGACCACAGUCGACCAACUAAAAUGAAAGCUUUCCAGCAAAAAUGUAAAGUAAAAGCAGACGUACUGCGAAACAAAUUAAAAGGCGUCACUAAGCGUAAGCCUAAACAGAAGAAAACCAUAGUUGUAGAUGCAUCUGAAGAAGGCGCUGAAAAAAGUACCUGUCGGUUUGGCCAUUUUGCCACUUUGCCAAAAAAAUUGAACUUUCAUGCGCCAGAUAUUCGUUUACCGUCGACGUUUAAUCGAUUGAAACGCCAAGAAGAAGAGUCAUCUAUUUUAUCAAAAGAAAAUAAAAGCAAUAGUAGAUUUAGCAUAUCUCGUUUUCGGUCCCCAAAAUCGACGUCCGAAUCUCCAAAACCAUCUAAAUCAACUAGAUUUGGAGCUUCUAGAUUAUCCAUACCAAAUUUACGACCUCGUACAUGGUCGGAUGCAUCUAAAACGUCAAAGCCAUCAACAGCUGACACUCGUAUAAAAACCAAGCUAAUAGAAUUCGGUACAUAUCCUAGAAUAUUUUCUAAACGCAGAAAAGUAGAUAACGAUACGAAUGCUAUGGAUUCUAAACAACACACUCCUUUUAUGAAGCGUAAAGAAUCAUUUAGACGACGAUUUUUCCGUUCGAACCACAAAGAACUCACACCUGGCCCACCCGAAGUUAGUGUCAACACGCCAGCAGCUACAUUAGCAGUAGAAGAAGUAGUUACGGAUGAAGGCAAUGUGUCUAAAGAAUCGCUUGAAGAUUUUGGAGACAGCGAUUUACAAGAAGUGGUAUCUUUAAGUGAUGACUGUAGCCGUUCGAAAAAUACAAAGAAUAUGUGUGAACACCAAGCUGGUGUUAUAGAAGAAAUUGACUCUGACGAAUUUUUUUUGCGCGAAAAAGGUUUAAGUCGUGGAAAUGUACAUAUUAGCAAUUAUCUAUCGUCCGAAAUUAAACACGUAUUUAGAUCAACUCGAACGCGAUCUGUAGAUGAAAAUAACACUAUAGAAUCUAAUAAACCUCAAAAGGCAAUUCCCGUUCGACCAACACGCACUAAUUCGAUGAGAAAACAUAAUAACUUGCAAAAUGAAGGUCAUUUACUUAAUGUACAUGACAAUAGGUUCAACACAAUGCCAAAAUCAUUUGGAAGUGUGAUAUCGGUAAAAAAUAAAUACCAAAAAGAUGAUGAUAUCCCAGAAAAUAUUAUCACUAGUCAAACAUUUGAACCCAAUUUGACUUUACCGUCUACAAUUAAAGUGCCUUGGCGAAACUCCGAUAAAGAAAAUUUAAUCUCCCAUAUGCCCCCAAAACCACCUUCAAGACAACGAAUGGCUAAUCAACGGUGUUCUAGUUUUGAUACAAGGUCCAUGAUUGAUCUAUCUCGCAAAAGAAACCAAUCACAAAACGGAUUCUCCCAACAAAUUAAAUUUUCAGAAGUUCCACCAAAAGCUCCAUUAAGAAGAUCUAGAGUAUCAUUAGCAGAUAUUGAUAGAGAAAAUUCAAUGGGAUCCGAAAAAGAUGCUCCGACACCGCCUUUAAGACGAUCUCGAAUAUCUUUGAACACCGAUACGGAUACCGAGGAAAGGAUAGCGACUAUGAUAUCUCACAGAAGUUAUUCAAAACGUACUCCACCGCCUAGGCCUCCUUUUCCAGGUUAUGCUACCAUAGAUAAGUCUGUAUCAAUAUUGCCACCACAAUCACCAAUGAAACAUGGACGAAAAAAAUCAUAUGAAGUAUUAAAAAGCCAGGAAUUCGGGACAUUUUUUACUAUACCUAGAUCAUACAGCUUCAAUAAAUCCACAAAUGAACCUCAAAAUCCUAUUAAUUUACCACAACCGUCUCGACCCACCCGAGCAUAUAAUACAUUAGGACCUUCCCGACCACAAAGACGCCGUCGAGAACAUGAAUACGGUGACGUUACCGAUAAAACCGACAAAUACUCCGAUAAAGAACAAAUCAAUGAAAAAGAUAAUAUUUCAAAUAAAGGUUUGAAUUCAGGUGAUAUAAUCGAAAAAAUGAAAUUAAGACCACUGCCGUCACCUCCGCCACCGCCUCGUAAAGCCAAGACACCAAAUGAAUCCCCUAUACUUACCCAAAGGAGGUACACAGAUUCGGCUUUAACUCCUUUUUUAGGACAAAGAGAAACAUCUGUAGCAUUAUCUGAUAUAUCUACCGAUGUUUCUCAAAUUAUUUCAUUAAUGAAAAAUGGAGAUGUAUCUAUUGCCAUACAAACGGACCCGUUACCAGCAGGUUACGAAUUGGAUGAUAAUAACUCUUACUGUGAAUCUGUCUCUGAAAAUGGAGAACGAUCGAUAUCUAGAACAUCUGUUACUGCUGAUCGAACUGUAUUUCAAGAUUCAAACAUAGAACGAAUGGUACAACCGGCAUCCAAAAUAUCAACAAUUGAACAACAUUCAGCUUUAUCUAAUGAAAAUAGUUGUGUACCUAUAACAAUUUUACCAUCUGAUUUGAGCAGUCAUCGGUCAAACGGAAUGAUGAGUGCUCAAAGUAUUAGUGUUAAGGAAUUAGAAGUUGGUAAAAUAACUGUUGCUGAUAUUCGUGGCCAACGUUUAGACGUUAAUGAUAUUACAGGAUCAAGCUUAAAAAUAAGUCAAUUUUACGAUAUUGCAGCAUCAUCACAUCCAUCAAACAGUGGUGCACUUCCUCGCCACAACGAUCAAAAUUAUUCAAAAUCGUCAUCAUAUGCACAAGUACUAUCACAAAUUGCUGACGAAACCAUGUCUGUCCAUUCUCGAAUAUCAUCUACGUAUCCAGAAGUAGACUCUGACGAAGAUAGAACGAGUAUUAUGGGCGUUCCAACUCCACCACGUCGUCGAAGCAAACCACCACAACCAUCAAAAUUGGAUUCUAGUGCAAUCAAUGACCCAUCUAUUACUGAACUUAGUUUUCAACUAUUUAAACUAUGCUAUUCAAACGUUUGUAGUUUAUUUACUAGAAUUGUUCAGCAAGUAGUGCCUGAUGAUACUGAAAAACGACGUGAUUUACAGGCAGCUUUAUGCUUCUUAAGCAUCGUAUUAGCAGGACUACUUAUACUAGGAUUUGGAAACGAAAAAACAAUCCAUCAUCAUCAUUGGGAUUUUCAGUUUCCUCCAGCUAAUCAAUAAAUAGCGCCUAAAAAUUAUGUUAUUGCCUUUAUUUUUUGCAUUUUGAUAUUCGUUAGUAAUUUUUAUGACUCAAUUUUUAGUAUUCUAAGUUAUAGAGUUUACAAUAUAUUAAUCUUAAAAAAAAUUGUUAAAGACUGAUGUCUUAAGGUUCAGACACCGAAUAUGUUGAUUAAGAUUAAAAAAAAAAUCUAAUAAUAUAAAAUACUAUAUUUGCAUUAAAUAUUUAUUUCAGUUCAAAAAUACAGUUAAUUUGUAUAACUAACUAAAGUUGUUUUAAGCAUAUAAAUAGUUUUGAUGUAUCACUUGAUAAUUAAAUUGAAAAAUUGUUAGUGAAAUUAUUAUAAUUUUAAUUUGUACUACAGUUAAUGUGCAAGUAUGUAUAUGAGCAGAACAACAUUUUUUUACAAAAACUUCAUCAAUUUUAUUAAUUAUUUUAAUAAAAUGAACGUCAAUAGCAUUUCAGAUAACUUAUUUUUUUAUAAUUCAAUGUAUAUUAUAACUGUUAUAUAAUAAUAUAUUUAAUUUAAUCUAAACAUUGAAUAGUAUAAUGAUAAAUUUUACAUUUAAAUCAAUACAUAUACAUGCAUUUUGUCUUUACAACAUACAAAAAGAACUUUUAAUACAUUUUAAAUAUUUAAACCUAAUAAAUAAUUGAUAAUGUAUUAAUUUAUUUUUAUUGUCACCAUAUUAAUACAUAUAUUAUCACCAUAAUAAUAUUAUUAAAUACAAAUAGAGUUAAAAAAUUAUUUAAAAUAAAUUGAUAUCAUCAUAUGACACUAGUGAACGGUCAUCGCGUUGGUUUCCUUUUUGUG